UAACAGAGCAAUCUAUUUUUUAAUUUUUAUUUAUUUAUUAUGAGCAGUAUAUUACAUUCCAUAAAAAAGAAAGCAGAUGAAUCUGAUUUUUUUGAAUUCAAUAUUAAUAACAAUGAUUCAAAUUAUUAAAAGAAUUCAGUUUUGCUCAAAGACAUGAUAUUUUCUUCUAAAGUAGAUAAAGCUACUUAAAAUAUAAUUAAUAAUAAAAAGAACAACAUUAUAUUAUAGAAAUGGAAUUUGCAUGAAAGCUAAAGAAGUGGUUUGAAUUCAUAAAAAACUCAAGAGCUCAAAGAAGAAACUACUUCUUCUCCUUAAAAAUAGAGAAGAUUAAGUCAGACUUCUACUGGCAAGAAUUUAGAUUCAAAAGGAGCUUCUCCAAAAAAAAUAAAUGAAGCAUCACCAAAUAUUUUUUAAUAAGAUUACAAAAAAUAAAACCAUUUUUAAGAUACUAAUAGAAUCCACUCUUAGAGAAAUGAUAGUAGUAGAUAAGCUUCAUCUCCAAAGGAAUUAGUCAAAACAGUAGAGCUUUAGUUAGAUACAAAUGAUAGAUAUACAGAAAAUCUAAAUAAAAUAAAUUUUUUUACAGAAAGAACAUCUAGUCUUAUAGAAAUGAAUAAGAAAAAGAAAAAUAAAGAGUAGAAAUCUUAUUAGAAAUCACCUCAAAAUGCAUACUAAAAUAAAAACAAUGAAUUUGAUAGUAAUAAAAAUUUUUAAUAAACUCAAUCAGGAAAUAAUUAAGAGGAGACGUUAAAAAAUAUUAUCAUGAGGACUAAUUUUAGCAAUCUUCUUACAAAUUAAGGUAGCAAUGUAAAUAUUGUUGGAUAAGAUAACUAGUUCAUAAAUGAAGUCAAUAGCUAAUAAAUUUUAAGACAUCUGAUUGUGGGAGUUGAUGGAAAUAACAAAAAACGAGAUAGAAAUUCAAUUUUAAAUAAAUCUGAUAAUGAAAUAAGGUUUGGAUAAUAGGAAGACUUAGAUAAAAAAGAAUAAAAUAUGUCUCAAUCAGAUAUUUAUCUUUACAGUGGAGAAAAAUAUAUAUAGCCUAAAAGAAAAUUGUUAGAAUUUCCUUAAUAAGAAUCAAAAUAAUUUCACUUAUAAAGCUAAAAUAGGCAUCAAGUUAAAAAACCUUUUAUCAGUGGAGCAUAAAGCCAUAUCAACAACUAAGGAUCUAAUCAACUUCCUAAUAUAAAAUAAAAUCUAAAAAAAAGCAGCUAAAGCCCAUUUCGUUAUACAAAGCAUGAAUUGAACAUAAAUGAUAAUACAAGCAGCAAAAAUAAUUAAACUUUGAUAUCUGAGUACUUAAAUAGAACUAUAUAUUCACCUAAUUAAAAAAAUGACACUAAUACCAUUCAAGUAUCUGAUUCAUAGAUGUACAAUACAUAGUAUAAAACGAAUACUCGAAGCAAUAAUAAUAAUAUUUUAGCUUAAAAUGUAGGCUUACCAGAUAACAAAGCAAUAACUUAAACUCAGGUGUCAGAAAAUUAAAAUAAAUUUAGCGAAAUAAAUAACAAUAGAAAUUUCACCCAAAUUGAUUUUUUCUAGGUAAAUCAACUAUCUCCUUUGGUCAUGAAAAGGAGUAAAAUAAAAAGUAGUAGUAUGAAUCAGUAAAGAAAUAGCGAUUUCAUUGAGAUAAAUAAAAAGAAUUUAAAAUUUAUAUCAAAUAAAAAGAAAAAUGCUUACAACUAGAUUGUAGAUUCCAUAAUAAAAUAGCAUGAAAUAAAGGAGAAAGAUGAGAAAAAAGCUGCUUCUAAGGAUAAAAGAAUAAAAUUAUAGCAAAUGUUUAAAUAGAAAAGCAUUUAAUCUAAGAAUCAAAUACAGAACAACUAAAACCAAAACUUAAGUAAUUUUAGUCACAAUCUGACGACUACAAUUGCCAGUGAUUUUAACUAAUAUGCGAACAGUAAUCAUGCUUCUCCAGUAAUGAGAGCUAAUACAUCCCUUACUAAUAGAAAUACUCAAAACACAGAUACAGAUUUUUUCUAGCCAUAGGGAAAAGCUCUUAGAAAUAAGUAAUACAAUGAAUAAAUGCAGAAAUUAAACUAGCAAAAUAUUGAAUAAUAAAUGAAGUAAAAUUCUCAAACAACAAUGAGUUUUUAUCCUCCAAAUGAAAAAAUCCCUUAAUUGUAAGACAAUUCAAAUAACCCAGUUUAGCAGUUUGCUAUUUCUUACUAGCUUUAAUAGUAGAUUCAGUUUAAAAGAAAAAUGAAGAGUAGACAAAAUAGAAAAUAAAAAUAAAUAACAGUUGAAGAAUAAAUAAACAAUGAGCAAAUUAAACAAAAAUUAAUUAAUUUAUAAUAGUAAAAGAGCUCAGCUUAUAAUUUAAAUUUGAGUCCACAAAAUAAAUUAUCAAACACCUUAAUUAAUGAUUCUAAAAUUUUAAAUAACAGCUAAAUAAUGUCAAAUUUAGCUGCAGAUUAGCUUUAAAUGGCUUUGAAUUUGUAAAAGUAAGCAAGUUAAAUAAAAAGACAAUAGUAAUAAAUCACGAAAAGCGAUUAAUAAUCUUAGUUGGUUUAGAAUGCUUUGAGCAGUGCUGGAUAAAAUAUGCUGCUUAUAAGAAAAUGGAAUAUAGAUGAUAAUAGAAAUAAUAAUAAUGACUACUCAGAAAAAAUUUAUUUAAAAAAAUCAACAACAUCUGCUGGGCCAAGAAAAAAAUAAAAUCAACAAAAUGAGUCAGAGGUGACUUUAGUUGAUGAAAAUAUAUUUAGUGUCAAUUAUCGCCCAAAAUAUGUUCAUGAUAAAACUGAAUUAGGUCAUAAUAAUUAUCUUACAAGUAAAAAGAAAGUAAAAAGUUCUAAAGGGAUAAAAAUUAAUGAAUCCAAUGAUAUAACUUACACAGUUAAAAAUCGAGAUUAUGACUCUUCUCCUAAAUUUAAGAAUGAAAUUCUACCAUGGGAGAUUAAUGAUUAACAAUAAUAUUAUGAAGAGUCAGAGGAUAUAUGCAAUCCCUCAAGAGUUUGA